CCUCCCAGAAAUCGAUCAUGCAGAGCAGAACUUUGAGUGUUGUGACCCCUUCGUAAGUCUACAAAAUUAGUUUGCAAAAUGACUAAUCCAACUAAAAUGACAACAACCGUGUUCCCGACGACAAACACAACAAAUAUAACUCAUUAUGAAAUGCCAAGAAACUUCCACGUYUUAAUAGGCAUUUGGAUUUUUAUGUUUGUUUACAUCUUUCUGGUGGCCAUUGCAACUGUAGUGGUCAACAGCUUGACACUGUACGCCAUCUACAAAGAUCCUCUCAAAUGCUUCCGAAAUCCUUUGGCGGUGUUYGUGACAGGAGCCUUGGUCGCUGAUCUUGUAACUGGUYUGAUAGGCGAGCCUGUUAUGGUUGCUGGGAUCUCGCACGCCUGGCGAACCGGCGAAGACAUUGGCAUCCACGUCCUCAUCGUUGGCUUUGUUGUGUUUGCAGCUUCAACAGCCGUUUCUUUCCUCACGUUACUAGCAUUAGCUAUCUGCCAGUUGCUUGCCAUCGGAUGGGUACAACGUUAUGAGCGUUGUGUGAGUAAUCGCUCGGCCAAGAUUGGAAUCGGAGUCAUUUGGACUAUCACAAUCAUUUUAUGUAUUGCGUUAGCGAUURUGACCGUKUGGUUUGUAAUUGGGAUURYGCUCAUCCAGGUGACCCUCAUUACUAUCGCACUGGUUAUCAUCUACAUCGUUUCGUACCAUGUCUUCCGCAAGAGRGUCAACCGCCAGGAAAAUCCUCUGGAAAGUCAAGUCGUGACAAAGGAAUUCAUGAAGGGAACUUUUUUGCUGGUGCUGGUUCAGAUUCUAACCGUUUGGCCCUAUAUUGCSUGUUCAAUUGCAAUUCCCAUUUAUUAUGCAUCUAACAGAAGAAGUGCUCAAGGCUGGGUCAACGUGGAAAUUGUCCGUGCCGUAUGCACUAUGCUGUUUCUUGCAAAGUUYGUUGCAGAUCCCAUCAUCCUUGUGUGGCGCAUUCCAAAGUAUAAAAAGUCAUUGAAGAUCRUCUAUGCAGGCURCUUGAAAUGCUGUGGUUGUGUUAAAGAUGAUCAAGAAGGAAGAGCAGCCUACAACGAGACCAGACGAGAAGACUUUGAGGAAGAYUCACAGGAUAAUAUCAAUGUGGAAGUGAUUUAGACAAUUAAUCCAAAUACACUUUCACAAAAAAAUCCACAGGAAAAACAAAAACUUCAAAGGCUGCUCAGCAUUGCGCUAAGGAGCUAUAGCAAAAAAGAAAAGAAUUUUGAAUAGAAUUUCCUCCUACAUUAUGAGUUUUAAUAAUGGAAAUAACAGGGGAUUAGCUGAUAGAGCAAGUUAGGAUUUGCAUUGUCCUGUUUGCUAUUUUCAGGGUAUAUUUAUAUACCUGUACAUUUACAAUUUUUGCAACAGGAUUAUUAUCAAACUUAAUUAAUAUUUUGAUCUUACCAUCCUUAGCAUUGCUGCACAACCAGCUCAGACAUUUAAGUCAAAACCACUGGUGGUAAACACCAAAGUUUAGAUUUGUUUGCUGUUGGGAGUUUGUUGCAUACCACAACUUUUAUCUGGACUGAUUGCCAUAAUGAGCAGCAAUGCAGACAAUAGUAAUUGCACUUCUGCAACAAAUGCACAAACGCUAUAUUCCAAAGAAGUGUAGCUAAUUAAUAUAUGUAAAAUUACAGCUGAAAAUGAUCUCAAACUGUUGCUAGGCUACACAUAAUAGGGUUUCCGCCAGCAUUAAAGAAAAUUGUACAUUUUGCAUUACAUUGUAAACUUGUUAUUUUUAGUUUCAUGCAAAAUUUGAAAUCACCAAUUAGCAUUUUGAAUUAAGUUUCUGUACUUGUGAUAUUUUUGCAGUUGUGACCAGUUGUAACAAAAUUCGAAUUUUUUUGCACAAAUCAAAAUAAAUCAAUUGUUGUGAAGUUGGGCUCCCUGUGGAAAUCAGCGACGUAAGUAGCCCCGCCCAGAGCGAUCAUGCAGAACAAAGAAAAGCUCAAACAUGCCUGCAGUGCAGUUAGAAUCUAGUUAGAAUCUUCUGGUGUUAUUUGUAAAAUGAACAAUCUAACAACAACAAGCAUCGCUCCAACAACUAACACUUCUCAUAGCAUGCCAUCUUACAUUCACACGUUGUACGGAUUUUGGAUCUUUCAGCUCGUCUACAUCUUCUUCGCCGCCAUUGCAACGAUCGUUCUCAAUGGGUUGACGCUUUUUGCCAUCUACAAAGAUCCCCUGAAGUGCUUCAGAAAUCCUUUAACGAUUUUUGUAACAGGAGUUUUGGUCGCUGACUUCUUAACCGGUCUUCUUGGCGAGAUAACGAUUGUGGCUGGGAUUUCUCAUGCCUGGCGAACUGGUAGUCAAGUUGGCCUAGGAGUCCUGCUCUAUGGAAUCGUUGUGUUUUUAAUAACAGUCUCUAUAUCAUUCUACACACUGUUAGCGUUAGCUAUCUGCCAACUGUUAGCUAUUGGUUGGGUGCCCCGUUAUGAACGAACCGUGAGUGUUCGUUCGGCUAAGAUUGGAAUCGCCAGUAUUUGGAU